AUGUCGUCACACCAGCGGUCGUUCUCCCACUCCCAGGCCGGCGGCCGGGAGAAGACCUACUUCGAGCAGCAGCGAGAGGAACUGAUUGGAGAAAUCGCAAUGAGCUUCGAGCAUGUCCUCGCCAACAUCAACAAGCUGAAUCGCUCCCUCGAGGCCGUCAUCACGGUCGGCAACGAGUUCUCCUCCGUCGAGGCCCUGUGGUCGCAGUUCGAGAACGUCAUGGCAAAGGAACCCGAGCAGCAGCCCAAGGAAGGCGAAGGAAGCAACGACGGCGAUUCGAAGAGCGAGGCGAGCUCAUGA